GCAGGUCAACCGCUGAUCGAAACCUCGUUUUUGUCGAUCCCCUCCACCGCAUCACUCCCUCUUCCCCUCCGGCAGCCGGCCUCCUCCAAUCCAUUGACCUCCACGCGCCGCCGCCGCCAUGGCCUCCUCCGGCUCGCCCGAAGCUCGGCAGACUCAUGGUGAGAUCGCCGGAGCGGCGGCGCCGGAGAGGAGGCUGAAGCUCUACUCCUUCUGGCGCAGCUCGUGCUCGUACCGCGUCCGCAUAGCCCUCAGCCUCAAGGGGCUGGACUACGAGUACAAGCCGAUCAAUCUCCUUGCAAACGAGCAGUCACACCCAGAAUUUGAGAAGCUGAACCCGAUGAAGUAUGUCCCGGCACUGGUCGACGGUGACGACACAGUCGUCGUGGAUUCCUUUGCGAUCUUGCUGUAUCUUGAGGACACUUACCCUCAACAUCCUUUGUUGCCACAAGACCCAAAAAUGAAGGCACUGAAUAUCCAGAUUGCAAGUAUAGUUGGUUCAAGCAUUCAACCACUUCAGAACAAUUCUGUCCUUGAUUUUAUUGAGGAGAAAUUAGACUCACAGGAGAAAGUUAACUGGAUCCAAUAUCACCUCAACAGGGGCUUCACAGGUUCUGUACUCUUGCCAUUAUUUCUGCUGAGGAUAGACGGAACAAGUGUAAAUUCUCUCGAGAAAAUGUUGAAAGGUUGCACAACUACAUAUGCCACUGGAGAUGAAAUCCAACUGGGAGACCUCUUUCUGGAACCCCAGAUAUACGGUGGCAUUAAGCGCUUUGGGAUCGACAUGACAAAUUACCCUACCUUGGCCAGGCUUCAUGAAGCGUACAUGGAACAUCCAGCUUUCCAAGCCGCGCUGCCAGAGCGGCAACCGGACGCACCUUCCUCUCCUGAGAUCUGAUCAUAUCUACAUUAAAACACUUAUAUUAGGAUCAAAUAACCCUGUGGUGCCGGAAGAAACAGAUCUCUCAUACUUGGAAUGAUUACAUAAUUUCUAGUAUUUUCUGGUUGCACCAAACUGCAGCAAAUACGGCACAAUUGGGAUAUUGUUUCUCUGUUUUGCAUAUAUCUUCGUGGCUUGUUCAAGCAAUUACUAUUGUAACUAUCGUAGUUCUGUGAUCUCUUUAAAAUUUAUAUAAAGAUGAAAGAAGCCAGAAAAGGUUCAUUUUGCCGCAUCUUAUGGCAAUAGAACCUUAGCUUGAUCAUCACCAUGCUGGCUUCUCUUCUCCACAA